AUGUCAGACCAGCCCUUCAGUACCUCCAGCUCGGCGGAGGGGCAGUUGCAGCAGCCUGGGAGAAGGAACAGGCGCCACGCGUCUUGGUUGCUGUCUGUUCGCCUGGUCACCGCCCAGAGUCCGUCUGAUGGGCCGCAGGCGGGUGCGGAGGACCCACCAGAGGUUUCCGGGGUUGGAGGCGACGACGACGAGGGGCAGCGGUUCUUGAACCUCCCCCUCACUGAGGUGGGACGUAGCUUCUUGCAAUGCAUGCUUGUCAUGGAAGGCGUGCCCGGACGAAAAGCGGCCGGGGACAGGGGGCAGUCGCCGAGACGGCUCAGCAGGUGUGACGCGAUUUGGGAGGUUUGCCUGGAGAACGGUCGCCACACGGUGACCCUGCGGUCGGCACUCGAGGUCGUGAACAAGUGCGGGUCUUGGCUGGAAGUUCGGUGCUCCACGGAUUCGUUUGCCGCCGGCAGGGGGGACGGGGACAACGCGAAAGAGGAGGUCGUGGGAGCGGUUGCUCCCGGGGGCCGUCUGCCCUUACCGCUGAGGUGGAGCCGUGCGGAAGACAUCAGGCUUCGCCCCUGGCCGUGGAGCCAGGGCGGCGGGUUCGGGGACGGCAGCCGCUCUUCUUCACCCUCCAACACUAGCAUGCCCAAGAAAGUCGUGCAAAUUCACGAUCUAGCGGAGGGAUCGGGGGAUCAGGGAGAGAGAUCGUACGAGUACAGCGACUGCUCCGUGCUGGUGCCGGCGGCAAGGGCUGGAGAAGGCGAGCUCGGGGCCACGACGGCAGUCAUCCCCUGGGUGGCCUGCAAUCCGUCCCAACCUUCAGCCAACUCCCCCGCCGAUGGCGACACAAACGCAAGCCGCAAGCCCCUCUUCCUGUUCCUGGAGGGGCUUGACGCGAACGAUCCGGACGGGGGGAGACACGGCGCCGCCAUCCCCGGAGGAGGAAGCCGCCAGAACGCCUCAUCAAACCCCUGGUCGAGAACCAGGCGCAGAAGUCGAGACGGCGGCGGUAGAAGCAGCGGCAGGGUGGUGGCAAACUCGACACUUCAUGGGCGGCAGCGGCAGCGCCCCGACGCGGCGUUUCCUACCCGGGUGGUUGACUCGCCCCGCUCGGCCGGAAUCUCGAUGGCGGCGUUGUCCUUGCGGCCCCUGGAGGUGGUCGUGUACGCCUCCCUCAGUUUUCGAAACCUUCUGCCCGUUGGCGUUGGGUGGAGGGUAGCCGGCGCAAGGGGUGACGCGGGUGCGAGGCUGGCGGAGGGGUGGUUGGCGCCCGGGGACGGGGUCCACGUGCUGGAGGCGAACACGAUGGCCAUGGCACCUUCGCUGUCGUUGAAGGUCGCCGGGUUCGACUGGACUUCCCCUCACCAGGUGGCCGUUGCUGAGCUCAUGCGGCCGACAAGGGAAGGUUCCACCGGCUCUGACGGCGGCGGCGGCGGCAGCAGCAGCAGCAGCCGGGGCCGGGAACUCCCCGGCGGCGGUGUCUCGACGACCAGCGAACACGUGCCGGGGAUAAGCCUGCAGAGCGUCCCCUGCCGCAACAUGAGCAACCAGAUACUGUACCUCAGCGUCGAGGCGGCUUCUGUCCGGAUGAAUUCGGUUCUCGUGACGGUGUACGCUGGCUUCUGGGUGCGCAACCUCAGCGGCCUACCCCUUACGCUGGGAGAACCCGUUUCUCGGGGACUCUCGCCUCUGGAGCUGCACGAGGAGAGGCUGGCCGACAGCGCAGCAAGGGACAAGACGCGAAGGUACAGCCCUUCCCCUCCUAGGCAAUCCUCGGUGGACGUCUAUUUGUCGGCGGUUCAGUCCGACCAGCACGGCUUGACCGAGGAGGUUUUCGAGCUGAGGCUGGCGCGCAGGGGCGAGGAGGGGAUGGAUUCGUACGACACCCGGUGGAUCACGGCGCAAGGGAACCCGCGGUCGCCCUGCACACAGGUUCGGCUUCCGAGCGACCUGUGGCGAUGGGAUGGCGAGUGGACGAUCGAUGUUUCCGGUGCCGUGGCUCCAAACGCUCCCGGGACAGACGGAGGAGGCUGGGAAAGCUGCCCUCGAAAAUUGAAAGGAGCGAGCUACAGCAACAGCAGCUUCUCGUCUUCUCGGGCCUUCACGCUCUCCGACCCCGUCUGGCGUCGGAGGUGGGUGCGCCGCCGCGUCCCCUACCGACCAACACCGCAAACGGCUCCUGCGGAGGGGAAGGAGGAGACCCCUGUCUCCCCAUCGACUAUCGCGGGCAAGCCCGUGGGGGAAGGGGGCGAGAAGGUUGCAUUUAUUACAGGGGCUUCAUGA